AUGAAUUCUGAUAGUUCCUCCUUUGAAGACAUCUCUUCAUCAUGUGGUAAAAAAUUUAUUGCUCUGGAAGUCUCUGACCAUUCUGAUUUUGAUGACAGCUAUAACAACAUCAACAACAACACAAAUACCAAUUCAAUAUACAAAUCACAACAAUCUACAAAGACAAUUCUUUCGAAUAGUAAUAAAAAUAUAAAUCAUACCACUUCUAUUUCAACUAUUCCCCAUGAUUCUGAAGAUUUACCCAAAAUUGAUAAAAAUUUACUUAGAAAUGAUAUUCCUCCAUUUGUAUUAUUAAGAAGACCAGCAAGUAGAAACAAAAUUAAAAAUAGAGAUAAAACUAAGAGAUAUUCUAUGUUUAUAUCAACAGAUACCCAUAACAAUCUUUCUACUUCCACUGAUAAUAAUAUUAAUAAUUCUAUCCUCACUUUAAAUAACAAUAUUAUUGCUGGAACUACUUCUACUACCACCACUACUACAACUGCCACAGCAACCACGACCACAACUAGCUCUAGAACUACAAAUGAUACCUCCAAAAGCGAGGAAAAAAGACGUUGGUCAUUUAUAUCAAAUCAUUCCUCUAAUUCCAAGAAAAGGUGGUCUACUUUAUCAUCUUUCACUUUGGAUUCUGCGUCUUCAAAUAACUCACACAAAAAUCAUAGCCAUAACUCCCCAUCUACAUCAAAUAAAAGACAGUCAUCGUAUAGUCUCAACAAAAGAUUCUCUACUGCAAGUAACAUAUCCGUAGCUACCACCACCACAAGUACUAAUAAUACUGAUGUUAUAUCAUUCCAUAAUAAAAAUACAAGUAUUGAUAAUAUCUCUAUUCAUACACAAGAUAAAUCCAUUUCAUCAAUGAAAAGAUCUUCUACUGGUUCUUCUUUAAGACAAUUCUUGAAUAGUUUUGUACCUUCAUCUUCAUCAUCUUCAAAUCAUAACAACAAUACAAUUGAUCCUAAUUAUAAUAAAGAAAAUAAAUUUCCAGAUAAAAAUAACUUUUUUAAGAAUAGAUCACACACGAACACUGCUACUUCUACCUCUACCAUUUCUAAUAAUCCUAUGGAUAACAGAAACCCGUUACAAAGGAUUAAUCUUAAUGAUCAAUAUAGUAACACUGCUAAUAACAAUGGUAUUCCACACAAUAGCUCUUUAAGUAAUCGUCAUUAUAUUAAUUCAUCAUCCACAUAUAACCUGAAUGAUGAUACCAAUAGAUUAAACCAUUCAAUGGAAAAUUUAUCGAUUAAGUCCAAAAGAUCCAGUAUUUCUUCGCUAUCAUCUCAAUCCUCCUUAUCUAAAUGGAAAUUUUGGAAAAAAAAUAGCAACAGCUAUAAUUACUCCACCAAUUAUAAUCAUAAUUAUUCGACCUCUACAUCUUCUCACAAGAGACAAAAUAGUAACUUUGAAACCAAUCAUAGCCUAAAGAAUUCUACUAGUUCUUAUUCACUUAAUAUCUCGUCAUUUUCUACAACAAAUAAUAAUAGCAACAACAACAAUAAUAAUAUAUAUUCGAAUAAAAAUUUACCACACUCUAAUUCUACAAGGACCCUUCACAACUAUUUAAAUGAAAGGCCAUUAUCUAUUUAUUCUCAUGAUACAAACAAAUUAAGAAAUAAAAGUAACUUAUCUGACUUCCAUAAAUCAUUCUAUAAGAAUAGUAAUGGAUCCAUCACAAAUUCAAUACACAAUGUAGCCGAUUUAGAGAACGAACCAUCGAUUUAUUCUAAUAUAGACCAUAAUAAUAGUAAUCAUAAUAUAUCAUCUUUAAAGAAAAAAUCAUCCACUUUGAAUUUAACCAUAUCUGGAUUAAAACAUAGAACUUCACAACAUAGUCUAAAACAUAAAACUUCACAUUCUUCAUUACAAAAAUUCAAAACAAGAAGAAAAUCAACUAAUGAUGACGGUUCAAGUUUUUUGACAUCCACUUCGUCAAUAAAUUCAGGACAUAGUAGUCAUAAUGGUGAUAAUAGUAGUAAUGGUGUUGGUGUUUAUGGUUCUACUAGUAAUCCAAGGAUUUCUUUGCCUAUACCAAAUCAAGUAUCUCGUGAUAAAAUUAGAACGAAAUUAAGAAAUUCUACAUCCUUGUUAUCCUUAAAUUCUAAUGUACCAGUUGAUAAGAGGACAUAUGAUGAGACUAUUUUGAAUCAGUUGUUACAAUUAUGCACUGUGAAAUAUGUCAUUGAUUCAACAGAUUUGGACUCUGAAGGUAAUAAAAAUUUAGAGACUCUAUCAUCAAAUCACUCUGUUCAAUUAUCUAAUAAUGUUUGGAGAUCAAGAUCGACGAUAGACCCAAAUCAAACCAUAAUUUGUAAAAAAUUUGUUUUAUCUAAUGAUGAUGAUGAUAUUAUCUUAAAAGAAUUACAAAUGUUAUCACUUUGUAAAACAACACCUGGUUUACCACAAUUAUUACAAACUUAUAUAGUUGGUAAUGCUCCUUCUCCAGCCCAAACUACCAGUACGACAAAUAUGGAAUUUUCUACUAAUGAAGAUGUUAAGACAUUGUACAUGUUUUUAAAAGAUCAUGGAGAUCCAAUCAUUGAGGUUGCAAUGACAAGUUGGUCACAGUGCUUAAAAAUCUUUUGGCAAUGUGUUAAUAUAUUAUAUGUUGCGGAAACUAAAUUUGAAUUUGAACAUCGUAAUUUAACACUAAACCAUAUUUUAAUAGACAAAAACGGUACUGUAACUCUAUGUGAUCUAUCUAUGAGUAGAGCCAACUAUGGAGACAAUACAGUUUUAUUUACAAGACUAGAUCACCCUAUUUUUUUUAGAAGUGGACAGGAUUUUCUAUUCGAUACAUAUCAUUCAAUGAGAUCGAUAUUUAUUCAACAAGGUGAACAAUGGAGUAAGUUUGAAGCAAGAACAAACAUUUUGUGGUUACGUUAUGUUGCAAAGAGUCUAUUCACAAAGAAUAAAGAUAAUAAAUCAGUGGGCCCUGAGAGAGAACAAUUGGUUAAUAUUAUAUCUUUAUUGGACCAUUAUAGUUCAUUCAAUGGUAAUGGCAAUAAACGUGGGUCCUUUAUUUUUAAUAAAAGAAGAGACUAUGAUAUUAAAUCAUCAGGUGAUCUUUUAAGAUAUAAAUAG